AUGGACGUCGACUUCUCGAUGUCACAGAACCCUCAGAAUUCUCGCGAUCCCCGCCUUGUGAACCGGCCGCAAUUACAGCAGAGAACUAGCCAACUGAGUCAACAUGAAGCACAGCAGCGAAUACCUUCAGUUCCUCAAGCCCAGCAAUCAGUGCCAGAAAACCAAAAUGAUACGCCUGCCGAUAUAUUCGUUCGUGGCAUCUCCGAAUUAGUACACGCCGCCGCCGCUGCAGCUGCGAAUCAAUCUGAAAAAGAAAAGCUGCAGAAGAAGCGUGAUACUACAGCCGAACUGCUUCGGAAGGCGAGAAACCAUCAGGGAUUUCCAUCCACUGUUGAGUUCUUUCAAAAUGCCAAGAACGAAGAGGACCAAGUUCUAGCGAAGAUCGACCAGAAAAUCAAGGAGAACGAAACCAACUACAAGCGUUUGCAAGCCGAUUUGAAAAACAAUUGGGCGGCCACGACAAACUCUUCGCGGUCUCCUGACACUCAGGAAGCCAUAUCACAGUUGGAAAGAGCUAAUAAAACAGCCAAAAAUACCAUCUUAGAUCUGCGAGAUGAUUUCAAGGAUCUGAGUGGCCGCAUUAGGUCGCAAGAUGACCAAUUAAGAGAUUUUGACAGGAGCUUAAAAGCACUUCAAGACACUGCGCGCCGCAACAGGGCACAAGAUGAUCAAUUAAGAGACCUGGACCGAAGUGUGAAGGGACUCCAAGACACUACGCGCCAACAGCAAAGGGUCCUCGCAGACUAUACAAGCUUGGAUAAGGAUGUACAAAGUCUUCAGGAGAUUGUGCGCAACCAGCAGAAGAGCUUCGCAGAUUACACAAACUCUCUUAGUGUACUGAAUAACAGCCUGGCUAGUGUCUCCUCGCGCCUUGAACAACUGGAACAAUUGGAGCAGGGCGCAGUACCAUUGCGACAAGGCACAGCGGAGCCAGGACAGGGUACAGCAGCUGAGACCAAGAAAGCCCUGCAAAAUCUUGAGGUCCAAGUAAUGAAAUUGGAAAAAGACGCAGCAGUGUGGGGCGAAAAGACCGGCUUCUUGUCCUCGUCUUAUCAGCGCAUUUCAGCACUACCCGACCAAGUCAAUCGAACGCUACAGCUUCAACAGGAGAAGCUAGAUCGGCUUGUCGACAGCCAAACUGUUGCAAAAUUGAAUGCUACAGUCACAAAACUUGAUGGUCAACUGGGGAAUCUGCAAGAAAACCAGAGCAUAAAGGAUGAUUUGGUGAUGGCCCAGUUUGAAGAACUCGCAGGCACUUUGACUCGUCUCAAAACGGAUCUUGAACCGAAUCUUGAACGUUUAACCCGAGACGUGGAACAAUUGUCAGCCAAGGUCCCAACUGAACCGCUUGAACCGAAACUUGCCACUCUGGGUGGUGAUGUCCAGCGCCUGCAUCAAAGUCUCGUGCGACAACACGAGGGUAUCACAAAUGUGGGUGUCGGUCUGCAGUCCCUUGAAAUGAGGUACAACAAUCUAUCAACAGACUAUAUUGUUCAACAUAUGCUUGGGGCAUUCCAAGAAAUGUAUCCAGAGUGGGACCCAACAUACAAAAUGUUGACCAGAAAGGUAGAUCAGCUGGAGGAGCAUGCCAGAAACUCAACAAUUUCCACAGACGAGUUAAAUCACCUGAAAGCUGAAUGUGCCACAUUAUCACAGCAAUGGGCAGGCAUGUUAGAGCGAUAUGAGUGGCUAUGCCAGGAAGAGUUUCGGCAGGUACAGACACGCGUGGAUGCCCUCGCCGCAAAGCAAAGCGACAUUGACGGCGACCUCACUUCGAAGAAAACAGCAGACCAGGCGUUACUCCAACAGGUCGAACAUGAGCGUGAGCUGCUAAACAGCCGAAUAUCAGUCUUGUCCGAAGAUGUUAAAGCGCUGAAAUCAGAAUGCGCACAAGCCAAAACAAGCACCGACAAUGACAAAACGGAUAUGCGGUCCCUAGAGCUUCGCAUUGGGGGCCUUGAAAAGAGUUCGCAGAAAAUAAAAGAGCAGCUUGAUGCAUUGUCAAAACCAGCGCCACCGCGUGAACUGUUUCUAGAGAACGGAGGCUCGACUCGAGAACCCACGCCAAAAAUGCAAGCACCACCUCGGCCUAACAAACCCGACCUCCUGGACACUGCUGCAGCUGUUAAAUUGAAGCGCCGAUAUCCCUCCACAGUUUCAGACGACGAAAGAUCUCCAGCGCACAACCCAUUUUCGCCGGACACCCUCGUCUCACCCACUGUUGCCCAUGGUGAUUCGAGGAAAAAGAAGAAAAAGAAGAAGAUAAGAAAUGUCGAAGCCGAAGGUCCCAUAGAGAUAGAUGACUAG